CGCUGUGCUCGGAGGACCGGAAGUCCAGGGGCCCCGGCCUGGAGACACGUGGUGUAGUGUGUCUGUAAUUAAGCGACGGCGUUGGAGACAAGAAGAGCAGCAACAUGAAGCCAGGAUUUUCUCCACGUGGCGGUGGGAGGGGUGGCUUUGGAGACCGCGGGGGGCGAGGAGGACGAGGGCGUGGAGGCGGUUUCGGAGGACGAGGCGGCUUUGGUGACCGAGGAGGGAGAGGAGGAGGUCGAGGUGCUGGUUUCCGGUCACCAGGAGGCCGGGGUGGAGGUGGUGGCAGGGGAGGAGGAAGAGGUGGCAGGGGAGGAAGAGGUGGGUUCCGUGGUGGAGCCAAGGUGACAGUGGAACCACACAGACACGAGGGGGUGUUUAUCUGCCGUGGCAAAGAAGACGCACUGGUGACGAGGAACCUGGUUCCAGGGGAGUCCGUGUAUGGGGAGAAGAGAAUUGGGGUUGAGGAAGCAGACACCAAGAUUGAGUACAGAGCCUGGAACCCAUUUCGAUCGAAACUCGCCGCUGCGAUCCUUGGUGGCAUUGACCAGAUUCACAUCAAGCCAGGAGCCAAAGUGCUGUACCUGGGAGCAGCAUCUGGCACCACUGUUUCCCAUGUGUCAGAUAUUGUGGGACCUGAAGGCUUGGUCUACGCAGUUGAGUUCUCUCACCGGUCUGGCCGUGAUCUCAUCAAUGUGGCUAAGAAACGGACGAACAUCAUCCCUAUUAUUGAGGAUGCCAGGCACCCACACAAGUACCGCAUGCUCCUCGGUAAGUUGGGUCUGCAAACUGCUUUGUCACCGGGAGCUGGAUCCAAGUGCUGUGUUUGCUCGAGUUAA